AUGUCAAUUGAUAUGCGGCCUGGCAAAGUUAUCGCCAAAAAAUAUGUCCUCGGGGACGAAAUCAACUGUGGAAGUUUUGCUAGGGUGUUUCAAAUUAAGAAAAUAAAUGAGAAAGAGUUUACGAAAGUUCUGAAAAUGGGGAAAUCAAAUGAAUUGAAUGAAAAGUAUCAAACUGAAGUCAGUAUUCUUAAGUGUUGUCGUGGUCAGAAGUCCUUCCCGCAAAUUACUGAUGAGAUUUCGAUCAAUAAUUUUAAGUGUAUUGUGAUGACUCAUUCUGGUGAAUCAGUCGCUGAUCUUUUGGAGAGAAAGCCGACUCAGAAGUUCAGCAACUCGAAUAUCCUUCGUAUGACCACGUCCCUCUUCAGAGCUCUAGAUACUCUUCAUCGAAUCGGAUUUGUACAUCGUGACAUCCAUAAAGGAAAUAUGAUGCUCAAAUUAAGCAAUGGGCGUCUCGUCUUUACGUUAAUUGAUUUUGGAAACUCUGCUUUAGCAAAGUCAACUCUGAAAUAUCACUCCAAAUCUAUCGCGAUUAACAUCAACGUCAAUUUUGGGAAAACUGAGGACUACGCUCCAAUUGACGACUUCAUAAAUUCGAUUUAUUGCCUGACCAAAUGUGCCGGAAUAGAGCUUUUCAAUGUGCGAUUCGAUGCGAUGAUUCAAGCAAAAGAGAAAUUUCAUCGCGACCCAUGCGCAGCAUAUGAUGCUAGUCGAAAAUGGAUGGGACUGAUCAUGAAGAAACUAUUGGAAAUCAAGAACGAUCAACUAAAAGACCAUAAACCUGUCUGGAAAAUCUUGGAUACUGCCAUUCCCCACUGCCUCCCUACUUCACCGAUCAAAUUCAAGAUAAUAGAGGAUGAAGUCUACAUUGAAUGA